AUCCUGGUCUAUGAGGGAGAGAUGGAGCGAGCUCAGGGUCAGCUGGAGGCCGAGAUGCAGAACCUGGAGGAGGAGAAGAACCGCGUGAUCGAGGAGGCGUUCAUCAGAGCCGAGAGCGAGAUGAAGGCGGUCCACGAGAACCUGGCAGGAGUGCGGAUGAACCUGCUGAGCCUGCAGCCGGCCCUCAGGACUCUCACCUCCGACUACAACUGUCUGAAGAGGCAGGUGCAGGACUUCCCCUUCAUGCUGGACAAAGCGAUCACAGAGGCCAAGCGAGAGAUCUGUCAGGUGAUCAGUGAGGUGAGCAGCACUAACCAGGAGCUUCUGCGGAAAUACAAGCGAGAGAUGAACCUGAGGAAGAAGUGUCACAACGAGCUGGUGCGACUCAAAGGUAACAUCCGUGUUUUCUGCCGUGUCCGGCCGGUCAGUCAGGAGGAGCAGGACUCCGCCGACUCCAAAACAAUGCUGAGCUUUGACUCUGAAGACGACGCCAUCCUCUACCUCUCCAACAAGGGCAAAACCAUGACAUUCGAGCUGGACAAAGUGUUCUCUCCUCAGGCCACUCAGGAAGAGGUGUUUCAGGAGGUCCAGUCUCUAGUCACUUCCUGUAUCGACGGCUUCAACGUCUGCAUCUUCGCCUACGGACAGACCGGUUCGGGGAAAACGUACACCAUGGAGGGCGUGUUGGACGACCCCGGCAUCAACCAGCGAGCGCUCCGCCUCCUCUUCUCUGAGGUGACGGAGAAAGCUCCAGACUGGGACUACAAGAUCACCGUCAGCAUGGUGGAGAUCUACAACGAGACGCUGCGGAACCUGCUGGGAGAGAAUCCCACCGACAAGCUGGACAUUAAGAUGAACCCUGACGGCAGCGGACAGCUCUACGUCCCCGGACUGACCGAGUUCGUUGUGCAGAGCCCGGAGGACAUCAAUAAGGUGUUUGAGUUGGGUCAUAUGAACAGAGCAACAGCGUGCACCAACCUAAACGAGCACAGCUCUCGCUCUCACGCUCUGCUCAUCAUCACCGUGUCUGGAUUCAAUGCUUCGACUGGAAACCGCACACAAGGUAAGUUGAACCUGGUGGACCUGGCAGGCUCAGAGAGGAUCGCUAAAUCAGGGGCGGAGGGCAGUCGCCUCAGAGAAGCCCAGUGCAUCAACAAAUCUCUGUCGGCUCUUGGUGAUGUCAUCAACGCGCUGCGGGGCAAACACUCCCAUGUCCCGUUUAGAAACUCCCGCCUCACCUACCUGCUGCAAGACUCUCUGAACGGAGACAGCAAGACCCUCAUGAUGGUGCAGGUGUCUCCCCUUCCUAACAACAUGAGCGAGUCGGUCUGCUCGCUCAAGUUUGCUCAGCGUGUUCGAAGCGUCGAGUUGAGUCUCUCCUCCUCGUUCUCUAGAAGACACGAGAACUCGUCCACCUCGUCCUCGCCAACACACGAUAGCGUUGAGCUGGACUCCCCCCCGGUGACCCCCGUCCCCCUCCCUAUCUCUCGCGCAAGCAGCGCGGGCUCCACCCUCUCCUCCGCCUCCAGAACUCCCAGUAUAUCCCGGAGGAGGUCCCAGUCCCAGCUCUCCACAGACAGACAGGUAGACAGAGCCAGCCCAUUGGUUGGGGACGGUGGGCAGGACGACUGAAGCUGACAGCCUGAGAGAGACGGAGACGCCCACAGGGUGCCUGCCAACACCCUGAGGCGUCUUCCUGCUGGGACAUCAACGACUGCAAUCUGCCCUCACUGGAUUCAUCCCGCUCCUCGACCUCCGACAGGAGCAGGAUGAAGAAGAAGAAGCAAAGACUCAUGGGAACUUAACAGGCGAAUAUCAGACUCUUAUCUCUGCGGAGUGGCCAAACAUUCUGAUUUCUGAAGCUUUCUUUCUGAGGCCGAUGACGGACUUUUAAAAGACUCGACCGCUGAAGCCCAAACGUUCACAAGCUCCUCCCACCUGGACAGAAAUCCUCCUCGCAGAGUCUCUCUAACAGUAUACACUUUCCAAUCACAGUAUUUCUUUUUAUUGUUUCUUUGUAAAGUUGCACUUUAACCUUCUAGAUUAUUUUCUAACCCACAGCUCCAGAUGUGGUCGAUUCUAAUAUAUGCAUAAAAUGGUUCUAUAUUUAUGUUUGACAUGCUUUAACUUUGUAGCACGUUUUAUUUAGAGUUUACUCCUUUUUUUUUCUUUUUUUUUUUUGUCGAGGAUGCACACCACCUGAACAUUUCUUCUGACGUUUAAUUGGAUGAUUUCUCGCUGAAAUCUCGGUAGCUUCAGAUUAAAUUAAUUCUAUCCCCCCAUGUUGUGUCAUUUUCCAACCGAGGCUGUCUGUGUCCUCGCGGUCCCCCUUGAACCAAUCAGGGUACGCCACUUGAUACCAAGCUGUCCAAUGAGACGCGAGCAAUACGAGGAAACCUCCCGUGUACAUGAUUGUUGUUUUCCUCUCCUCUUCCUGUGGAUUGUUUGUUUUUUCCGAUGCUGAUAGAGCGUCGUCUUUUCUUCAGAGACGCUCGUAUCUUCUCCUCGGUGUUUCUCCUGCUGUCGUCCAGUCACCUCUGUGAAGAAAAAAUAAACUGCUUUAAAAAUACACCACAGGUGACCUCUGACCUCUGACAGAAGCGAAGACCUGUAGCUGAUGACCUGGUGCUGAGUGUGACCUGAAGCAGGUGGAGCUGAUAGUUAGCUGUAGUCGUAGUAACAGGAAUGCUUAAAAGGCGAUGAGCUGCUGUGUGUUGUUGACCUGAUGAUCAAAUCGUCUGCUUGCUUCGUGUCGCUGUAGAUUUCUACAGUUAGUUUUUUUUGUAUUCCCUUUUUAAUAAACAAUCUGAAAGAUAAAAACGUG